UAAAGUCUGCUACUGUCUCCAUAUACGUUAGCAGCUUGUUAGAGUAAAGUAGGUAACGAGAUUUUUAUUAUUAGGUAUUUAUUCAAGUGAAAUAUUUUUCGUUACCUAUUUGUGGUGUAAUUAAUCUUAAAAUAUUUUUAAAGAAUUAGUAUGCAGGAGAUAUUACAACCACUGCAUCUGAUUAUCGUUUCUAUGAAGUUCAAUAUUAUUUAAACCCUCAUAUCUAUGCUUUUAACCGUUAAAAAUUUCAUUAAAUACCUAAAAGAAAGUGGUGGUAAAGUGCGUUUGUCCUAUUAUAUAAACAUGACAGAAUCAUCAAAUUUAGAAGAAGAAAUUGAAAAACUAAGUCAUGAAGACCGUUUAGAAAUAACACAAAGUUCUCUUAGAAGAUUAAUAGCAGCGGAUCCUCUCCUUCAAGACUUACCAGGAGAUGUAACAACGGAAGAAGUAUUGUCACAAAUAGCUGUUGCACAAGGUCAGAGUAUUACAGUAACUAUUUUACGGCAUUCUGAAACUCCACUACUUGUAGUAGUGGGUUGUACAAAUUGGAAAAGGGUGUUUAUGGUUUUGACUGAUAAAUCUAAUGCCACAAAUUUGUGGGAUAUUCCUGCAAAUAUUGCUCAUGCCAAUAGCUCUACUUUAAAAAUUUCUAAUUUACCUAAAUUAGAAGCCCUAUCUUAUCUAAACAAUUUUACAAGCUUUUUAAUGGUAAGACAUCCAUUUGAACGUUUACUGUCAGCAUUUAGAAAUAAAUUGGAAGACCAAUCAGAAAGUGCAAAAUAUUUUCAGACAAGAAUAGGUCGAUAUAUCGUAAAAAAAUAUCGGCCAAACGCCACGUCUGAUGAAAUAAAGAGUGGAAAAAAUAUAACAUUUCGCGAAUUCGCGCAAUAUUUAAUAAGAGAAGGUGUCACAAAUGAAUUGGCAAAUGAGCACUGGAUGCCAGUUAAUGAUCUUUGUCAACCCUGUCUUAUAAAUUAUACUUUUAUUGGUAAAUAUGAAUGGUUUGAAGAGGACACUAGAACUGUUCUCGACAUGGUUGGUGCUCCUUACAUUGAUUUUCCCGUUUCUAAACCUAAUUACACUCGUGACAAGUUAAGGUUUUAUUUUCAACAACUUUCUCUGUCUGAAAUCGAAGAUUUGUACAAUUUGUAUAAGCUUGAUUUUAAACUUUUUGGAUAUGACUUGAAUCCUAUUUUAGGAUUCGAGAUUGGAUGAGUUAUCUUAAAAUUUAAUUGUCUUCUUAACCCAGGUCACCCAUUGGGUUGAGUAUGAGUAAUGAUUUAUGGUGCUACUAAUUUAAAUAAUUAACCAUUGAAGUACAAAUUUUUAACUAGUGGCAGUGUAUUUUUUUUAUGUUGCACUAGUUCAUAACAAAAUUUUUCAACCUUUUUAAAUCAAAUUUUAGUAUGUUUAUUAAAGCCAUAUUAAAUCUAGUUAAAAAAUAGUGUGUAAGUUAGUUUUAGCAAAUUUUUUAUUUUUUUACCAUCAUUACGUAUAUUUGAACUAUAUCUGCAAAUAAAUUAUUGUU